GGUCGGGUGAAUGACGUACCUGUCGUACCUACGACGUUUUACGGCUGACCUGACCGACGUUUUGUUGUUCUGUUCAGUUCAGUUCAGUCUGUAUUUAAUUAGAUUACCUAUUCUAAUUACCCAAAAAAUAAUGAAUACAUCGACUAGUUCUACCACUUCCAGGGCAAAUAAGAAAAACACGGUCGAAAAUAUGGACGAAGAUACCAUGGAUAUUACGGAGGAUGCCGACGUUGUUUGCUGGCGUAACCGAUCCUGCCAGACUCGGAACGCGAGAUGGUUGUCCCUUGACAAAAUCUACGAAAAAUUGCACCGUCCAAACUUUUACGAAGUCGGUAAUACAUAUAUCAACGACGUACUUGAAUACACGUUCACGGUAAAAGUCGAAAAUGUCGGCACAAUAUUCCUACUGCAUUUAUUUGUUGGUAAUACCCAUGAAGGGUCAUUUAAAAUCAAAGUCAACGAAGGCAAUGACUUAAAACUGGACCGAAAGAAUGGUAAGGCAUUUCUUUCAUCAAUCUCCAAAGAACAUAGGUUUGACAAUUCACCAGAAGGAUCUGUGAACUAUGUAACCACUUUCAGCUUCUCAGAGCAAGAUGUUGAUUUGCUUAAAGAUAAAAGAUUGUACAUUGCAAUGUCUUAUUUAGAAGGCAAAGGGAUCAACCAAGAAAUAAUUGAUGAUGUGAAAGCUAGUCACGAUUUUGGAGCACUUCUAUCAGAAUCCAUUGGGUGCGAUUUUACAAUUAAAUCAUUGGAUGGAGAAACAUUUAAAGUUCACAAAGCAAUGUUAGUUGUGCAUAGUGAAGUAUUCAAAGCAAUGCUAAAAGAAGAUACAGCUGAGAGUCAGAAUAAUUUUGUAACUUUAGAUGUGAUGAAAGAGGACCUGCAAUGCAUCUUAGAAUUCAUCUACACAGGCACUGUGUCCGAUUUGGAGAAUAGCAAUUGGUUUAAUUUGCUGAUGUAUGCAGACAAAUAUGAUCUUAAAGGUCUGCGAGAAUUAUCUGAGCAUGCUUUAGCUCAACAACUGACUGUAGAUAAUGUUUUAGAGGUACUCAUAGUUGCAGACAUGUCUAACUCUGAAGAUUUGAAGACAGCAGCACUGAAGUUCAUCAAGAAGAAUCCGUCUGCACUUAAAACAAGCACUUUCAAAGAGAUUAAAAAUGUGAGUUUGAUGGGGGAGCUCUGUAAGGCUUGUGCCUUUGCAGUGAAUUGAUUUUUUUUGUAACAAUGUUAAUAUAUUUUAAGCUGUGAUUAUUAUAGUGUAAGUUUGUUAUCUUUUCAGCAGUGUUUUAUACAGCCAUACUCUGCGUAGUGACUUUGUAGGUAAUACUGAACUUAUUAUAGGACCAAUGCCGAAAUCGCGAAUAAAAAUUUGGCUGUCCGAUAGAAAUCAGCGGCAUCACAUCAGCCGGAAUGUAUGAAACAGCCAAAUUUUUUUCCGCCAUUUCGGCAUUGAUCCCAUAAUACAAUAAUAAAAUUAGGCAAUAAUAAUACAAGUAGUUCAGUAUGACCUAUAAAGUCACUACGCACAAUAUGGCUGGUGGUUAAAAUUUCACUCUGUAGUCUGUAUAUAUUUUCUUUUGUUAAAUAAACUGAAAAACAAUAUUCAGAA